AUGGGCAAUAUUCAAGACUUUAUUGUUUUUUUCAACAUUUUCCUUCAAUUAAUUUAUCAUUUUGUAAUUUGCCAUGGACCCCCACAACAACCAGAAAUCCCUUCCCCAGUGCAAUGCUAUGGACGGUGUUUAGCUAAAUGUACAGAAGAAAAUUCAGAAAUUAGCUUAAAUCAGUGUAGAAAAAAUUGUAGAAAAUAUGGACAGCAAGGGCUAUGUCAAAAAGAGGAUUCUGAAUGUUGGGGGAAAUGCAAAGAUUUGAGUUCAAAAAAGGCAGAAGGCCCUCCACUCUCUCCACCGACAGAAGUUCAAGCAACUAUAAAUGAUAACUACACAAUUGACGUUAGUUGGAAGCCUGGAAUUGGCCCAGAAAGUGAACAUGUCCCCAUCUACAUGAUUAGACUACAGGCUGAAUUUCCUGAAAGAAAAAGCGCCCAAAUUUUCUCUCGAGGACUUGGCCAUUCUGGAAUGGCAUUCCCUUCAGCAGAAAAUGUCUGUGGUCCAAUAUAUAUACGGUUGGCUGCUGUUAGCCAAUCUAAAGGAAUUGGGGUUUUUACAAAUCCUUUAAACUUGGAAGAGAAGAAACCCAUUAUUCCGGCUAAAAUGGAACUUUUUGCUGCUACGUAUAAUGAUACCCCUUUCAUAUCUGACGGUUUCCAAGUAAAUGGCACUUUGGACGUUGAACUUUUAUUUAAAUUUGAUGGCUGGCCUUUUGGAAUUGAAGAUCUCGAAGUUAUUCCAAUUUUUCAUUUAUUAAGUUGUGCAGAGCCUGACUUGAAUCAAGCAAUGCCUGUGCCUGAAUUUAGUCCAGGCUCCAGACCAAAUACAGUGACUACUCAUUUAGGAGCCGAUAUCCUUACUCGUCGUUGUCGAUUUGUUUAUGCAGUGGAGGAGAUUCAUUCUAGCAGAUGUUCAAGGCAAUUUACUGUCUCAGCUGAGCAAAAGGAUUACGAAUCUAUUGAAUUUAGUUAA